GAGCUUCGACACACGAGCUUACACAACGCCACACAACGCUUUACGCCCAAUUUGUUUUUAAUUGAAACAUUUUACUCCCGCUCGCUGGCCCCUGCGUGUGUGUAGGAUGACUGGUAAGACCCAGACCAGCAACGUGACCAAUAAGAAUGACCCUCGCUCCCUCAACUCCCGGGUCUUCAUCGGGAACCUCAACACGGCCGUGGUGACCAAGGCCGACAUCGAGGCCAUCUUUUCCAAGUACGGCAAGAUAGUGGGCUGCUCCGUGCACAAGGGCUUCGCCUUCGUCCAGUACGUCAGCGAGAGGAACGCCCGCGCGGCCGUGGCCGGAGAGAACACCAGGGUCAUCGCCGGACAGUCGCUAGACAUUAAUAUGGCAGGAGAGCCUAAGCCCUACAGGCCAAAGAUUGGUUCAAAACGGACUCUGUCAUCUAUCUACAGUGGUUAUGAAUUUGACUAUGAUUACUACCGAGAUAAUUUCUACAGCAGACUGUUUGAGUACCAGGGGUGUGUGCUGCCCCCCACCAGGGCGGUGAUCCCCAUCAAGCGCUCCAGAGUCGUUGCCCCGUCCACACGCAGAGCAAAAUCCUCCUUCCCCGUCAGGACCUGCUUGUCUUCCUCCUCCUCCUCUUCCUCCUCUCGACUGCUCACCCCAGGGUCCCUGGCCACAGGCCCUCGGUUGAAGUCCGACCAGCUCCAAACCAUCAAACGGGAGUUGUCUCAAAUCAAGACCAGGAUCGACUCCCUGCUGGGGAGGCUGGAGAAGUUUGAGAGGCAACAGCGCACAGAGCCGGAGGCCCAGAGGAAACAGGAAAUGGUAUACGAUGCUCUCCAAGGAGGGGCCGCGGAGCUGUCUGGAGAAGAUGACGCAGAAGGGCCUGUGGAGGUGGAAGUGGGGGAGAUGACGGAUGGCGGCGAAGAUGACUUUGACGAUGAUGGCACCAACGGCAUGAUAGAAAACCACAUAUCGGACAUAGAUAACUGAACAGGUUUAGGUUAACAAAAAGAAGCAUUAUUGGGAGCUGUAAGACCUGAUACCAGCAGCAUCAGACCAUCUGGCCUGAAGGACCUUUAUCGUGAAAGGGAAAUGAAGAAAACGCCUGCAAAAAAGAGACUCAAAAACUUUGCGCUUGUUGACUUUAUUACGACAUUGGUAGCACUUGAGAGCUGUUUCAUUUCUUUCUGGGCAAAUGUGCUCAGACCAUAAGGCAAACAUGAAUAACUAUCGCGUUUUCUUUCUUCAGUGGUUGGGCAGGAAUCAUUAAUAUCAAUCUGUUGUUUAUUUAAUGUAUAAGAAAGUCAAUGUUUCAUCAAAUACAACAUAAAGUAAUG